CGGGCGGAGGAGUCGCUGUGUCCCAGCGGCGUGGUGUGGCGCGACCGCCGGGACCGCGGGUACGAGUGCCCCACGGAACUACUAUUCCCAGAGCAGCCCGGGCCCCCCAUCUCCGCCCCGCCGCGCUCUCCGGCGCCGAGCACUACAACUCCCGGCAUGCCGUGAACUUGACGGCCGAUACUCUGUGGAGGCGUCCAGCCCUCCCUCCCACCCCGCUCGCCAGCCGGGUUCCCGCUGCUGCCCCCGCCGCGCGCGGAGCCGGGACGCGAGCCAUGGAGGAGACGCCGCCCCCAGGCUGCAGCAAGCCGCACCUGGAGAAGCUGACCCUGGGGAUCACCCGCAUUCUAGAGUCUUCCCCAGGUGUGACAGAGGUGACUAUCAUAGAAAAGCCUCCUGCUGAACGUCAUAUGAUUUCCUCAUGGGAACAAAAGAAUAACUGUGUGCUACCUGAGGAUGUGAAGAACUUUUACCUGAUGACCAACGGCUUCCACAUGACAUGGAGCGUAAAGCUGGAUGAGCACGCCAUUCCACUGGGCAGCAUGGCUAUUAACAGCAUCUCAAAACUGACUCAGCUCAACCAGUCUUCUGUGUAUUCACUCCCGAAUGCACCAACUCUGGCAGACCUGGAGGAUGAUGCAGUUGAAGACAGUGAGAACCAGCCAGAGAAGCCUCACUUCGAUUCUCGAAGUGUGAUAUUUGAGCUGGAUCCUUGCAAUGGGAAUGGGAAGGUUUGCCUGGUCUACAAAAGAGGGAAACCAGCAUUGGCGCAGGACGCCGAGAUUUGGUUCCUGGACAGAGCGUUAUACUGGCAUUUUCUCACGGAUACCUUUACCGCGUACUAUCGCCUGCUCAUCACGCACCUCGGCCUGCCACAGUGGCAGUAUGCCUUCACCAGCUACGGCAUUAGCCCGCAGGCCAAGCAAUGGUUCAACAUGUAUAAGCCCAUCACCUACAACACAGACCUACUCGCAGAAGAGACCAACUCCUUCGUGAACAAGCUGGAUCCCAGCAAAGUGUUCAAGAGCAAGAACAAGACCUUAAUUCCCAAAAUGAAAGGGCCUGUCCAGCCUGCAGGUGGCCAGAAAGGGCCCUCAGGACUCUUCAUAAAGAAUUUUGAUAAAACCACUGUUGACAAGAGCUUUCCAAAACCUGCUCUGCCUUCUCACUGCUUCCGACAAUUCAUGGAGUGGCAGAAAAAGACAAAGAGGGACCAAGCGGUCAAGGAUGAGAGCUGAAGUUUUAAUCUUCUAGAAGUAUUUUUCUUCCAAAACCGAUCAAACCAGAAGGGAGAACCAGUAGCACCAGAUAAGUGCUUCCAGCCUGUGGCUGCUGCUACAAGACAGGUCAGGGUCAGAAGGGCGGUGCGAGGUCCUGUCAUCCUCUCCUGUGGCGAGCGCCUUCCUCUAGUGCCUGCGGAUCCCCCGUGACUUCGAAGUCAGGCCUGGCCCCCUUCUGGUUUCCACAGGUGAGGCAGCAGCGGACCCAGGAGGGCAAGGGCGCCCGUCACUUCCGCGAGAGCCCUCCGAUGGCGGGGUGGCGUCUGAUGAGGGAGAGCACAUGAUGUGUAGGAUCCAGGACAAAACGAAGAUGUGCGGCCUCUUGUCCAGAAAUUAGGAAAAUAGUACCAUUAAAGGGAUUAAAACGUUCUCCCUUCUCCCCAUGGUCUCCCAUGUCUGUUAUGGUGAGUUUCUGCUACUUAAUACUGUUCUAAGUAAUGAAAAAUUUAAAUUCUAAAUUAUUAGCAUUAAUUUUAUUCUUUAUAUUAUACAAUUCCAGUUGUAAACUACAACUAGAAGGGCAGUGAACUCACGCAGAGUCACCAAAAUUAAUAGUUCAUGUGCACAUCG